AUGUUUAUUGUUGGGCCUGGUUAAUCGUACUAAUCCAUCAAAUUGCUUGGUUCAGGUUCCUUCGGAUCUGUUUUUUUGGUCAAAGAACUAAAUACCAAAUAAGAAUAUGCCUGCAAAAUUGUAAUUUUAUGCUCUCUAUACACCAGAUUUCUAAGCUCCAUAUUUAAAAAUACGAUGCCAGUUCCAUGAUAUACAACGAAAUCAAGAUUCACUCUUCCUGCAAUCACAAAAACAUCGUCAGAGUGUAUUCAUACUGGGAGGAUAAUAACAAUAUUUAUAUACUCCUUGAAUAUUGUAGCAAAGGACAUCUCAUUGAACCAAAAACACCCUUCAAUGAUGAUGAUGUGUUUCAAGUAUUCCACUAGAUUCUUGAGGGAGUCAAUUAUUUACAUUAGAAUAAGAUCAUUCACAGAGAUUUGAAAGUAAGUUUUAGAUCUAAACAAGUUUGAAAAUAUUUUAAUUCAUGAGGAUGGUACUUUGAAAUUGUGCGAUUUUGGUUGGGCGAUUAAGGUUGAUCAGCUCCCAGUUCCGAAUGUAAUGUGUGGAACUACUGAAUACAUGCCGCCAGAAGUUGUAUCAAAAUGUUCUCUUGAUUUCAAGUUAGAUAGUUGGUCAUUAGGAGUUAUUUUAUUUGUAUUUAUUUAUUCUAUUGUAGGUAUUAUUAUAUGGCAAAUUCCCAUUCUUAGGAGAAAAUCAAGAUUAGUUGAUAAGAAACAUUUUAUUUGACUAAUUGAUAAUUCCAAGAAGAACUGACAUCAAUGAAGAUCUAGCUAAUUUAAUUUAAGCAUUAUUGAUUAAGAAUUCACAACUAAGACCCAGCAUUGAAUAAGUUUAUUUAUGUAAAUGGAUGAAAUUCAACAUGAAAUUACAUAAUAUUUUUAAUCAUUACGAAAAUGAAUAGCUUAAGCAAAAGGUUAAGUAAAAGAAUAUCUCUUUGAAGGUAGUAAAUAACUCACUAUAGUACUAUUUAUUUAUUAUAUUAGUUCGACUCCAAAUAAAAAGAUGGUUUGUUCUCAUUAUGUUGAAUCUAAAAAUGAUUAAGAUCACAAACCAACAGCUUUUGGAAAAACUCACAAUAGUUGUAGAACUAUCAAAUCCGUAUCGACUAACCCUUCUCCGCAAAUUCCUCAAAUAGAAAAAUUCUUUAAUUUCAUAGAAAAUAUGCAAAAACUUUGAUUAUUUCAAUUUACUCAAG